CAGUUUUGUGUGACUUCAUUGCGGCUAACAUUGUCUUAAUUUAUUGUAAAUUAUAGAAAAUUAUUUUUAAAAAUACUGCAAAUUGUAAAUUCAAUAGCGAUGGAUAGGUUUCAUAUAAAUGACAUGAAAAUUAUUCUGGUAGACUCUAAGAUUAAAUACCAAACUGGAGAUUACAUAACUGGAAAGCUGGUGAUCUCUGUGAGGGGCGAGCUCUUGAUAUCCGUGAUUCAGAUCACUUUGAAUUGUUUGUCUGAAGUCAAGUGGAUGGAGAUGCCGGGCCUCAAGAGUGAUGGCCACUCAUACCAUAUUAAACGCAAAUAUUUGGAGUCUAACUAUCAGUUGCCCGACGAAUUUUGCGGAAAAUAUUUUACAACUGGAAUAAAUGAGAUCCCAUUUAUAUUUAAACUCCCGGACACUGGACUGCCAUCCAGUUUCGAAAGCCCUUUGGGAUCAAUUACAUACUCCAUCGAAGCAUUAGUUGGCGAACCCAUAAUCGAUGAAAGUGUCAAAACUGAACUCACAUUUCCAGUCGAAGCUCCUUUUAAGGACAAUUUAUUUCUAUCAGUCGGUGCGAGCACUGAGAAAGAGUUGGGAAUUGUAAACUUAGGCUCCGGCACUAUCCGUAUGCACGCCACGCUAUCAGUCGGUGCGAGCACUGAGAAAGAGUUGGGAAUUGUAAACUUAGGCUCCGGCACUAUCCGUAUGCACGCCACGGUCUAUAAAAAGGGUCAUAUGCCAGGCGAAUCGGCGGAAGUGGUCUGCAAUAUAGAGAACGACUCGACCGCCGACGUGACGCCCAGAGUAACCCUAUAUCAGACACAGAUCUAUAUGACCGGUGAGAAGCACAAGACCAUUGAGACGACGGUCACCGAAGCCGUGGUGGGCGCCACCAUUGAGGCCGGAAUGGCCACCGAUUCUAUAUCUGUUGGUGGAAGUGCUGAGAAAGAUCUGGCGCUGUUUUGUUUUGGAUCUGGAUCCCUCACAUUGUACGCCAAUGUUUCUAAGAAAGGAUACUUACCAGGCGAAGUGGUGGAAGUGCACUGCAGUGUGGAUAACGAUUCAUCAGUGGAUGUGACCCCCAGAAUAACACUAUAUCAGACACAGAUCUAUAUGUGCGGCGAAAGACAUAAAGCCCUGGAAGUGGCUCUCACUGAAUACAUGGUCGGCAACAUAGUCACGAGUGAGACAAAAAGUACGGAAAGCCUAUUCGUGACCAUUCCUAAGAACGCCUCGCUUACCAUCAAAAGCGCGAUCAUUACUAUUAAAUAUUUUAUUCAUAUCACACUUGAUAUCCCACACGCCAUCGAUUUGCACAUAAAUCUUCCAAUAAUUGUUACCAAUCGGUCGGCUCUGGGUAUUAAUUGAGGUCUAACUAAAUGCACAAAUUACAAUACCUAUACAAAUAUUAAGAUUUACACAAAUAUAGAAUUUGUUUAUUUAUCUAUAAACUAUAUUAGCACU